UCUCAGCACCUGCUAGCUCCAUGGAACAUGGCGACUCCGGCCAACACCACACGUCGGAAGAGCAUCCUGGUGACCGAGGCCUUGGACAUCAUCGACCAAGACCAAUCUGGUGACCUCGGAGAGGAUGAGGUGAAGACCUUAUUGGCGGCCAUGGGUCUCAAGGGGAAGGACGUGCAGAACGUCAUGACGGCGGUCUUUGAGGAGGCCACCUCAACGACCCACCAGAAGGUCACCGAUGCCAUUUUGAUGUGGACCGAGAUCGGGGAGGGCGACCUUGAAACGAUGCUGGGGAGAGUGGUCCUGUUCCAGAAGGCCUUCCGCAAAAUCGAUGUAGACAGAAACUCCAAGCUCACUCUGAAUGAGAUCAUUUGGAUGAUGGAAAGUCUGAACAUCGAGAAGAAAUUGGCUGCCGAUUUAAUGGCCUUUUUGGACGAUGAUGACUCAGGUACCGUCACAUGGGUGGAAUUUGUGCGAGGCAUGAGCAGCGACCAGUUUCAGGUGCUGUUCCCACAGAUCACUCUGGAAGCUUUGGUAGCAAUACCCUCAAGUUUGAGACAGCACAAGAUUGUCAGUAAAGAGGAAGAGGCUGAGGCGAUCAAAGAUUUACCUGCGAUGGAAAAGAGUCUCUACUGGAUGAUCUCGUUGAUCUAUGGUCGUUCCGCCCCGAUUCCCGCGGACGACGACGAGGAUGACGCGACGUUGGGCGCAACGUACUCCUCGGAGGAUCUCACGAAAUCCAACGAGACUGGCGCUAUCAGUUCGAGUCUUCCCGGCCUCGAUACUUUCUUAGCCUCGCUUGCAUCCCAAGUCCCGCAGCACGAGAACGACUCGGGCUUUUCAAGUACGUCAUCGUCCUCUUCUGACAGUGACAGUGAUGCCACCACAACCUCAGCCGAGAGUGCUGAAGAUCCGGCCUUGCCGGGGAUGAUGAGUCCAGAGGACAGGAACCCUGUGGUGCUUUUCAGAAAGCAGGCCAAAGAUAUGCAGAAGGUGCAGCCUGUGAAGGUCCUGCCUGCUGCGAAGGUUCGGGGUGGGACCGAUCUGAUCAUCGUUCGAAACGUGGACAAAGUCCCCGAACUUCAGCGCUGGGAGAAGGACCAGAUGAAUCCUCAAAUCAUCCUAAGAAAACGUGAGAGAGCCGGCAAGGUGCAACCUGCCAAAGUGCGGACAGCGCAAAGCCUGGUGAUCGCACGGAAGGUGGUGAAACAUCCGGAGGCCGUGAGCCAUGCCGUUCCCUCAGUGGCCAUGGUUCCGCGGCCAGACAGGAGUCCCAAGAAGGAAAAGAAGGACCAAGCCUUGGAGCUUCCUCGCACCAGUCUGGAGAGCCAAACCCCAAAAUCGAUCCUGAAGGAUGCGAGCGCUCGCAAGAAAUCAGCAGAGAAAGCAGUGGAGCCGCAAAAAUCAGAGAAGCGGGUGUCACUGGAAUCUGCGCCCCGUAUGGGUCGCCGUGGCAGCGUGAUGGGCGCAGCGGUGACGUCCAUGAUCCACGGAUUUCAGGGGCUCACCAAAAAAAGACCUGCCAAAACGAAGACCAUCACGCUGGAAGAGGCGGUCACCUCCAUCAGAUCCAUGGAGGUCAAGGAGAAGCACAACAAAGCGCACGUUCUGACGGAGGCCAAGCGCAAGGCCAUGUGGCGCUGUGCGCACGCAGCAGUGCUGGCAGGCAUUCUCGCAGGAGUGGGUGCUGCAUUUUUUGCACAGGCGCUCAACGACUUCACCACCACGAUCGUAGAUGAGGAAGAAGACUUUUUAGCCUGGAACGUCCUGGCUGGGACCUUCUCGCUGAUUUGGUCCCUGGCGGAGAUGUUGGUCUGUGUCGUUGCAGCCCUGGUCGCUGCUGUGAAGAUGACUCGCAUCUGUGGGAUUAUGCUGGUGCCGAUGGACAAGGAACGCGCGAUGUUGGCAGGAUCCUUGGCCCGCGCCGCCUUGGAAUUGGGCCAUCCAAAGGUGAGAACCUUUGGCAUUGACCCACAAGAAGGCCAGCAAGUGCCUGUUGCUGCUGUAUGCAUUGAUUUACAUGGGAAGUCGUGGAAUCACCAAAUUCUUGAUCAAGUUGAUCGUGAAAAAGGUGGCGCCAAGGACGCUCUUGAAGUUUGCUGAGUUGGCGCCUUUGGUCAUUGAGAUAAUGAUCAAUGUCCUUUUCAACUUCGUAACGGUCAGGUAUGCCAUGAACGAAGUGAUCAUCUGUGCCCUGGGGCCAUCGGCCACCGUGGAGGUGACAAGUCAGUUGGUGAAGGCUCAUCGCAAGAGCCGCGAUGUGGACGAGCCCUUAUCCGACCGCCUGAAACUCUUGGCGCUGAGAGCUGUUGGUGUUUCCAUCACUUACAAGAUGCAGCUUCAUCCGAACAGUCGUUGUCUGCUCGACCACAUUGUGGAGCUCUUCGUAGACGAGGGCUUUGUGAGACGAGCCAAGGCAAGAGAUGGGAGGAUGAAUGAGAUCAAAGCGAAGACCAAGAGCAAGGCCAGCGCUGUUGCUGGUGGUUCCGUUUUUGGUCGCUGCUGCCGCUCCAAGCCACCGGUCGUCAACGCAGAGCCCACCGAGUCCUACCAUGAAGAGCUAGCCGACCUUGGCUUAGACGAUGAGGAUGCUUUCUUCGAGGGUCUAGCAGGUUUGAACGCUCGAGAUUCGCUCUUCGCAUGCUCCAUGCUCUUCCUGGCUUUGAUGUUGGAUGGUCGAAUUGGCAGCAAGGAUUGGAGCUUCAUCCAGCAAGCAGCCAGGAGUGUCCGACCGCCCUUAGAAGCGAAAUGGCCCAGCGCAGUUCAUCUCAUGAGCAUUUUUGUGAGCGGCAGGCAGAUGACUGCUGAGCUCUUCCACGACAUUUUCCAGACAUCCAAAGAGGGAGAGGCAUCUGCUGCAACCUGUUGUGACGUGAUGUCCGGGGUCAUGCAAAGCCACUGCGCCGUGGCCAGCGGCUGUGCCGUGAUGCCAUGAGGAUGAUGCAGAACAGAUCAGGACCCCCAGGACCCAUGAUGCAGAAGACAUCAAAAUAAACACUGGGGUCAUUGUUCCAAAUUGUUCCAAAUUGCGCUCAUUUGCAAUUUUUCUCAUUUUGUUAAACCUAUUUGCGUGAUUUGUUCGAAUAUUUUAACAUGUUGCAGGCUUGAUAGUUUCCUUGAAGACUUUGGCGAAGCCAGUCUUCCCCAAUACUACAUCCAUGGCAUGAUAAGCACACAGAUUUUGGCUUGAGUGUGGUUUCAGCCAGCGGCAUCCAAC